UUCAAAUAACCUUAAAAACUACCUAACACUUUCAUAACCACACAAAUGACAAUAUUACGCUUUAAAAUUGAUUUGUGAGGAGGUAUAAAUGCCAGGAAUAAUGUUUGUUGGAAUAAGUCACUCUAAUUACUAGAAUAAUCUCAGUAUAAACUAAAUACAAUCUCUCCUGUGAACUUAAAAUGCUUCUAUAUCCACCACAAGUGAUGAAUGCCAAGACAAGAUAUGACAAAUAUUACCCACUUCAUUGACUUUCACGAGAAGAGGACAUUAAUGACCGAAUCAUAUUUUGAGCUUAUCCAGAUCUGUUCGCUCCCCCCGACGCUAGUCAAGGUCCUGCAGGUUUGUGCGUUGGUAUUGACGGGAUGGCUUGCAUGUGUGGGUUUGGCGAUGCUGAUGAUGCCCUACAUUCCUCUAACGCCUCGCAAACCAAACAAGGACAUCUUCUUUGCAGCUUGCCAAGAGAAAAUAAGAAAGAGCUUCCACCAUCAGACUGAAGAGACUUUUCAGACAAUUGAGAUGGGCUCAAACAGAGUUUUAAGAACUAAUACAGAAGACCCAACAGUGUUCAUGGUGCUUGUACCACAAGGAGCAAUGCCUACAGCUUACCGGUUGGUAGCACUGUUGAUCCAUUGUAUUCUACUAGCCAAUCAGCUGCCAGCCAGUGAACAUCAUAUACUUAGAGUCACUUCCAACGGUGCAAACUUCACUUCCCCAGACCAUGAGUGGCCUCUCUUUCAUCAGAUCAAGAACCAGUUGAGGCUGUACGGAGUGGCAGCAGUGUUGUCAUUUGAGUGUGUCCAUCCUCAUGUGGUCAGGUCUUUACAACUGUUGGUUCCACAAGUACAUGCUCCGAGUCCCGAGUCAGUGCUAAUUCUUGUGGUGGAUUUAAAAAAUCGUCUAACUGAAUACCAGAAAAAGAAUUCCACGCCUAACAGCAUCGGAAGAACUUUUCUCCAGGAAUAUUUUGGACCGUACUUCUACCAGUUGGAGCUGCAGGAAAUCAUCAAACGUUUUGGUUGCAGAUGUAUGCUCAUCAAUGCAGAACAAAAUAUUUAAAAAAAUAACACUUGAUUUUUAUCAUCUAAUACAAUAUGUCUCU